GCCGGGUUGGGUGUCUACUCUGGUGAGUAGAGGGCUGUGGGGCACAGAAGCGCGAAGGCCUGGCUGCCGGGCAGGUGAACUCUGCACGGGGUGUGGGGCCCGCGGAAGGGUUCGGAACCGAGUCAGCGAGCCUUGCGAGCAGGAUUCGCACCGCAGAGACCCGGAGGUCCUCAGGGGGCGAAGCCCUGGCCUAGGCCCCGCGGAAAUGCCCAGCUGCGGUGCUUGUACUUGCGGCGCAGCUGCCGCCCGGCUCGUCACCUCCUCACUCGCCUCCGCGCAGAGAGGUAUUUCUGGUGGUCGCAUUCAUAUACCAGUUUUAGGAAGGCUUGGGACAUUUGAAACUCAGAUUCUGCGAAGAGCUCCUCUUAGAUCUUUUACAGAAACACCAGCAUACUUUGCCUCAAAAGAUGGGAUAAGUAAAGAUGGUUCUGGAAAUGGAAAUAAGAAAUCAGCAAGUGAGGGAAGUAGUAAGGAAUCAGGCCCUGGGAAUUCUGGGAAAGGCGGAAACCAGCUGCGCUGUGCUAAAUGUGGCGACUUGUGCACACAUAUAGAGACCUUUGUGUCAUCCACCCGUUUUGUCAAGUGUGAAAAAUGUCAUCAUUUUUUUGUUGUGCUAUCUGAAGCAGACUCAAAGAAAAGCAUAAUUAAAGAAACUGCAUCAGCAGCAGAAGCUGUAAAAUUGGCAUUCCAACAGAAACCACCACCUCCCCCUAAGAAGAUUUAUAACUACCUCGACAAGUAUGUUGUUGGCCAGUCAUUUGCUAAGAAGGUGCUUUCAGUUGCUGUGUACAAUCACAUUGUGGUGGUUCGAUUGCAUAGGUUCCAUAUGUAUUAUGGGAAUACAUAAUAAUAUCCCAGCUAAUCUGAGACAGCAAGCAGAGGUUGAGAAGCAGACAUCAUUAACACCAAGAGAGUUAGAAGUAAGAAGACGGGAGGAUGAGUACAGAUUUACAAAAUUACUUCAGAUUGCUGGAAUGAGCCCACAUGGUAAUGCUUUAGGAGCAUCAAUGCAGCAACAGGUAAAUCAACAGAUACCUCAGGAAAAA